AUGGAUGACACAAACCAAACAAGGGUCACAGAAUUCAUUAUUGUCGGAUUCCCAGGACUUCAGGACCCAGAGAGGAAGGCUAUUCUGUUUGUUGUCUUCCUCACAUUGUAUCUUAUGAUUUUAUUGGGAAAUCUCCUUCUUAUUGGCAUAUAUGUAGCAGAUUCAGGCUUACACACCCCAAUGUAUAUGACAAUAUUCAGCCUGGCCAUCAUUGACAUCACCCUUCCGACAUGUACUGUACCUACAAUGUUAAAUGUGUUCAGGUCUGCUACAUAUGCUGUCCCCAUACAAGCUUGUUUCACCCAAACAUAUUUCUUUCUGGCAUUGGGCUGCGUUGAAUGUUUUAUCCUCUUAAUAAUGGCUUAUGACAGAUAUCUUGCCAUCUGCCACCCUCUUCACUACCCCACCAAGAUGAGCCACAGAUUUACUUUAAAACUCAUCACUAUAUGUUGGUUGGGAGGAUUCCUGUGCCCAAUUCCUGCUUUUAGUUUGGGGAUGACAAAGCCAUACUGUGGACCCAACAAGGUUUUACAGUGUUUCUGUGACUACUCUGGAGUGCUACGCUUGGCUUGUGCAGACAUUGUCUUGAGCAGCUAUGUGGCUUUAGCUGUCGGUAUGUGUGUGUUAUUUAUCCCUAUGUUCUUCAUCCUGCUAUCUUAUCUAAAGAUAAUUAAGUCAGUGCUCCAGAUUGUCAGUUCUGAGGGAAGAUUCAAAGCCUUCUCUACCUGCGGCUCACACCUGCUGGUCAUUUCUAUCUUCUAUCUUACUGCAGCAGGUGUUUAUAUCUCCUACAGGAUUCCUGGGAAUUCUGUGGAUCUGCGAAUCUUUGGGGCGGUCUUUCAAAAUAUAUUCCCUCCUCUCAUGAAUCCAAUCAUUUACUGUCUGCGAACGAAAGAGAUCAGGGCUAGCUUGCUUAAAACCUUUAAUGUUGGACGUUUCUAUCCGCUUAGGACAGAGAUCAGAUCUCGUGUGAUAGCUUAA